AUGUAUGAUGAGAGCGAAGACAGCGAUGAGUACGCCUCUUCCGCUUCUUCAUCGAGAUACCGAGGGAAUUACAGAAGAAGGCCCAACUACAACCCCAAUCCACAUCUCGUAACCAUUGUCAAGUCAAAAACAGGCUUUGGCUUCAAUGUCAAAGGCCAAGUUUCCGAGGGCGGACAGCUGCGAAGUUUCAAUGGAGAAUUGUAUGCACCCCUCCAACAUGUGAGCGCCGUUUUGCCAGGCGGAGCAGCCGAGAAGGCCACUUUGCGAAAAGGAGAUCGUAUACUGGAAGUAAAUGGCGUGAACGUUGAGGGCGCAACCCACAAGCAAGUUGUUGAAUUGAUAAAACAUGGCGGCGACCAGUUGAAAAUGGUGGUGAUGAGCGUGCCGGAUUCCGAAGCUAAUAGAUAUGAAAACGGAGAAGAGAGCUCUAUCAAUUUCCGCCACGACUAUUCGGAUAGUAGAAGUCUGCCAGUCUCCAUCCCCACCUAUCAUGCCAUCUCUGCCAAAGAAGCCAAAUUCAUUGUUUUCGAUAUUCACAUGGCCGGGCGGCACCUUGGUUCCCGGCGAUAUAGCGAAUUCGUUGAGCUCCACAAUCUUUUGAAGAGAGAAUUUUGUGACUUUUCUUUUCCAAAACUGCCGGGCAAAUGGCCUUUCGGGAUGAAUGAUCAACAGUUGGAUACCAGGCGGAGGGGCCUCGAGCUUUAUUUGGAGAAGAUAUGUUCGGUUCGUGUUAUCGCUGAUUCAGAGAUUAUGCAGGACUUCCUGAUGGAUUGCGACGCCAUUUGUGAAGUUGAUAUUCGGGUUUUGCUGCCAGACGGAAAGCCAAUUUCUUUUAGCUGCGAGAGGACCGCGUUGACCCCUGCGGUGUACGGUUUGGUGCAAAAUAAUGUCUUGAUGUCGCGUGAGACAGCGUCCGUCUGCGCUAUCUACGAAAAUAUUGAUCCAAAUUUUGAAAGAAAAGUUGGCGAGGAUGAGAUGCCCCAUUCCCUUUAUAUACAAAAUUACUCCUCGGCGUCAUCCUCAUGCUUGGUAAUACGAAAGUGGAUAUUUGACAUUGAAUGGGAACGUGAGCUCUGCCAGGCCGACCCACUUUUCCGGAAAAUUGUCUACCAUCAAACGAUCAAUGAUAUUAAUCAGGGCCGGAUCCGACCUGACCACAAAAUGUACCAAUUGAAAGCGCUGCAAAGUGAGGACCGGGCCGAGCAGUAUCUAGAAAUGGCUAGGACACUGUCUGGAUAUUCAAGCGUAACCUUUCCACCCUGCCAUUGUGACUGCCGAUCUGCCGGAGAGAUUCUGCUGAAUUUGUCGUUUGAAGGUGUGAUAAUUUCGGCAUGGCCUGAAGAAACCGAGGAACCAAUGAUGAUCGACUGGCAAUCAAUUGCUGGCUAUCGUAGCGGCGGCACUGAACAAUGGUUCGCUUUCGAGCACAUCCGGCCCGGCAGAAAGAACAAGAUCGUCAAGAUGUACACACCUUUUUGCGAUUACAUGUCGGCCUGCUUUGCACGCAUCCGCGUCGAACGUGAUCUGGCCGCAAAACGCCGCACCCACAUUGAAGAGAACUCCCCUUCCAAAUCCUCAGAGCCGAAACAAGAAAAACGAAAAGCCGACAUUCUCGACGAGUUG